CGUUCCGGGGAAAUCAGAAGGCAACUCUACUGCUACGGCUCCUACUGCUGUUGCUGCAGGCCAAGGUGCUGGCCAAGUCCAGCCUGUUAACUAGAGGGGACUUUCAGCUAUAUAGGUCUGAGGCACCAGUCUGUAGCCGCUUGGUUUACCAGCCCAGCCCUCCUAUGGAAGAAAUGGAAGAGGAGUUAAAAUGUCCGGUGUGCGGUUCUUUCUAUCGAGAGCCUAUCAUUCUGCCUUGCUCUCACAAUUUGUGCCAAGCGUGCGCCCGCAACAUCCUAGUUCAGACCCCGGAGUCUGAGUCUCCCCAGAGCCGUCGGGCCUCGGGUUCUGGGGUCUCUGAUUAUGAUUAUCUGGACAUGGAUAAGAUGAGUCUGUACAGCGAAGCGGACAGCGGCUACGGUUCCUAUGCAGGUUUCGCCAGUGCCCCCACCACUCCGUGUCAGAAGUCUCCCAACGGAGUCCGAGUGUUUCCCCCGGCCAUGCCACCCCCUGCGGCCCACUUGUCAGCAUCUCUGGCCCCAGUGCCUCGCAACUCCUGCAUCACUUGUCCACAAUGCCACCGUAGCCUGAUCCUAGAUGACCGGGGAUUGCGCGGCUUUCCUAAAAACCGCGUUCUGGAAGGGGUCAUCGAUCGCUAUCAGCAGAGCAAAGCUGCGGCCCUCAAGUGCCAGCUCUGCGAAAAGGCUCCCAAGGAGGCUACAGUAAUGUGCGAACAGUGCGAUGUUUUCUACUGCGACCCAUGUCGGCUCAGAUGCCACCCGCCUAGGGGACCUCUGGCUAAACACCGACUGGUGCCCCCAGCCCAAGGCCGGGUUAGUCGGAGGUUGAGUCCCCGCAAAAUUUCCACCUGUACAGAUCAUGAGCUGGAAAACCACAGUAUGUAUUGCGUCCAGUGCAAGAUGCCUGUGUGUUACCAGUGCUUGGAAGAGGGCAAACACUCUAGUCAUGAAGUCAAGGCUUUGGGGGCUAUGUGGAAGCUCCACAAGAGUCAGCUCUCCCAGGCUCUGAAUGGAUUAUCAGAUAGAGCCAAAGAAGCAAAAGAAUUUCUGGUGCAAUUGAGAAAUAUGGUUCAACAAAUCCAGGAGAAUAGUGUUGAAUUUGAAGCCUGCCUGGUAGCCCAAUGUGAUGCUCUAAUUGAUGCUCUCAACAGAAGAAAAGCUCAGUUGCUUUCCCGAGUAAACAAGGAACAUGAACACAAGCUAAAGGUUGUACGAGAUCAGAUAUCUCACUGUACAGUGAAAUUGCGACAGACUACUGGUCUCAUGGAGUACUGCCUGGAAGUUAUCAAGGAAAAUGACCCCAGUGGCUUUUUGCAGAUUUCCGAUGCACUCAUUAGAAGAGUGCACAUGACUGAGGAUCAAUGGGGAAAAGGAACUCUUACGCCACGGAUGACAACAGACUUUGAUUUGAAUCUAGACAACACACCUCUUCUGCAGUCCAUCCACCAACUUGACUUUGUACAAAUGAAACCUUCCUCUCCAGUGCCAGCAGCCCCUCUUCUACAGUUGGAAGAUUGUUGCACACACAACAACAGUGCUACAUUGUCAUGGAAACAGCCACCUUUGUCAACAGUGAUGGCAGAAGGAUACAUUCUGGAACUGGAUGAUGGAAAUGGUGGCCAGUUCAGAGAGGUGUAUGUUGGAAAGGAAACAAUGUGCACAGUGGACGGUCUUCACUUCAACAGCACAUACAGUGCUCGAGUCAAGGCCUUUAACAAAACAGGCGUCAGCCAAUACAGCAAGACCUUGGUCCUUCAGACAUCUGAGGUUGCCUGGUUUGCAUUUGACCCUGGCUCUGCGCACUCUGACAUUAUCUUCUCCAAUGACAACCUGACUGUUACCUGCAGUAGCUAUGAUGAUCGGGUUGUGCUAGGAAAGACUGGCUUCUCUAAGGGAGUUCAUUACUGGGAGCUGACAGUUGAUCGUUAUGACAACCAUCCAGAUCCUGCUUUUGGUGUAGCCUGCAUUGAUGUGUUGAAAGAUAUGAUGUUAGGAAAGGAUGACAAGGCUUGGGCAAUGUAUGUGGAUAAUAAUCGGAGCUGGUUCAUGCACAACAACUCACACACCAACAGAACUGAGGGGGGGAUCACAAAGGGAGCCACAGUUGGAGUCCUUCUCGACUUAAAUAGAAAAACCUUAACAUUUUCAAUCAAUGAAGAUCAACAAGGUCCUAUUGCCUUUGAGAAUAUGGAAGGUCUAUUCUUCCCUGCUGUCAGCCUGAACAGGAAUGUACAAGUAACACUUCAUACUGGACUGCCAGUACCUGACUUCUACUCCAGCAGGGCAUCGAUAGCGUAACAAGAGCCCUGCUCAGAAGCCAGGUGCCUUUAUUUAUCCCUAGUUGAAAAUUGCUAAAUUUAUUCAAGAUCAGACCUGAUGACAGUAAGGGGAAAAAAUUGGACAGUUCACAGUUUGUUAAUAUCAGAAAGAAGUUGGAAGAAUAAAGCUGGUCUUCUACAUUCUUUGUAUUCUAUAAC